ACCAGAUUUAGGGGGAGAGGGGCAAAAGUGCCUGCCUGAUUGUUCCGCGCGUAGCGGACACGAGCGACGAGCGAGCGACACCCCGACUCCGUGCCCCGCGACCCCCGUCGCCACUGGUCCUUCCAUCACUCCCCCGGGCUCUUCCAACGACGCCAACGACCCAACAAACCCUAUUCUCUACUCCUCCUCUUUGUCCUUUGUUCUUCUCUCUCCAACACAUCCCACCCCCACAACACAUCCUUCCCCCCCGGCAGGUCCGGCAUCUUUUGCUCCUCCUCCAGUCACUCUUUCGUCCUCCUCAAUCUAUUUGUGCUCUUGUGCUUUCGCUUUGCUUCGUGGCCGGCCACCCGAUCCAUCUCUUACCGACUGGACUGUCCGACCGACCAGAACACGAAUCUACGCUAUCGCGCUUACCCUCCAUCCAACACACGCCACUGUAACACAACACCCACCACGCGCGUCGUCCUGUCCAUAAUCGCCGCCGCCGCUCGACCCAGUUGUUUCCCUAGUGACCCCCCAUCUCAUCAACCACCUCGUUCGACUCUUGCAUCCAUCGCAUCUCUCGGACCUUGUUGUUGAACAUCCUCUACUCUCGACAGGUCGACUACUAAAAGCCGACUUCUAGUUGAUCGACACCGUCUUUCACCCCCCACCGCGGGCCGAUCCUUGUCCAUUCACCGUUCCUUCUCAUCAUGCGUCUCGCUCCCGUUCUUGUUGCCCUGUCGGCAGCCGCCGUCGCGCACGCCGCACCUGCUGUCGCCGCCGACAACGAGAAGAGACAAGGCCUCUUCACCUUCUCCAUCCCAGGCAUUGGUAACCCCUUUGCUGUCACGACCACCACGCCUCCAGUCGUGACCACACCACCGCCUGUCGUGACCACCACGACACCCCCACCAGUUGUGGUGACCACGACCACGCCGCCUGUCACGACAACGUCACACACGCCGAGCAGCGAGCCCCCGUCGUCGUCGGUCACGCAGUCGUCAAGCGUUGUUCAGUCGUCAUCCACCACAACGACGACCAGCUCCGCCACCCCCACGACGACUUCGGCUGCCCCUAGCUCGACCACCUCGUCGACUUCGUCCGAGGUCUCUACCACGUCCGAGUCGAGCACGACCACAGCGCCAGGUCAGGUGACGGUUACUGUUGGCGGAUCGACGAUCGAGGUUUCACACUCGCCUACUUCUCUUCCUUCCAACUCAAAGAAGGAGACACUCUCCACUGGCGCCAUUGCCGGUAUCGCGGUCGGUGGUGGUCUCGCCCUGAUUGCCAUCAUUGCCGCCAUCAUCCUCUUUGUCCGUCGCCGCCGCAACGACGACGACGACGCGAUCCGCUGGCCGGAGCUUAACCGCCACGGCGACUCGUCGACCAUGGCGGCGCUUCCUGCCCACCGCACUGGCCACCACGGUGUCGACACUGGACCCGCUGACCGCCGCAUGUCGCUUGGCUCGGACCUCGACGGCCCGGCGUACAUGCAGGAGGACCACCCCUCGGUCUCGGCUCUCAACGGCUCGUCGUUUGGCUCCCCUGCCGGUCUUCACGACUACAACGAGAAGGCUGCUUACUUUGACCCUGCUGCUACUGCCGGCCACCACGGCGGCGACGUUUACAACCCCGGCCCCAUUGGUCUCGCUCCCGGCGAGGUCUACCACUCCAACUCGCACGCGGGCUCGUACGGCGAGCACGACGACUACACCUCGUACCCUCCUGCCGUCCGACCACAGCCGAGCCCCGUGCACGGCGUGGCCGAGUACGACUGGGAGCAGGCGCAGGCUCAGGACCCGUAUGGCGGGUACGUUGGCGCGACGCGCCAGGAGUCUCCCCCCUCUGGUAUGACUGGAGUGGGUUCGUACCCCAACCGCUACUGAGCGCUCGCUGGUCGAGGGCCGUCGUUCGUUGCCGUAGUGUGAUGAAUGGUGAUUAAUAUG